CGGUUCGUUGGUUCGUUCUCGUUCGGCCAUUUUGAGAAUUAGUUUGGGAGUUGAGUUGAUAACUGGUUGAAAAUUUUUAAUAACUUCGUAAAUCUGUGAACUGCUGCGCUUUGCAAGUGUUUAAUUUCCUGUGGAUACUUUUUAUAUCGUAUGUCAAUCCAGAACCUCAACACAUUUGACCCCUUUGCUGAUGCAAUCAAGGGUUCUGAAGAUGAUGUUCAAGAUGGUCUUGUUCACAUAAGAAUUCAACAGCGCAAUGGUCGAAAGACCUUGACUACAGUGCAGGGGCUUUCUUCAGAAUAUGACCUGAAAAAAAUUGUCCGAGCAUGCAAAAAGGAGUUUGCUUGCAACGGGACUGUGAUCGAGCACCCAGAAUACGGUGAAGUGUUGCAGUUGCAGGGAGACCAGCGAGAGAACAUUUGCCAGUGGCUCACCAAGACUGGACUCGCUAAAUCAGACCAACUCAAAGUUCACGGUUUCUAAAGCAAAAAUGCAGAGAAAAUUCAAUUUUUUACUAAAUUCCUUACAAUCCUUCAAGUAGACAUUUAGAACAAAUUUUCCGUAACGGAUUAACUUGGUAUAGAAAUACAUUUUUACAAUCGUACUUUUUUAUUUUCCUCUUUGUCUUUUUUAUUGAAAUCCCAACUAUAACUGGAAGUUGAAUUUCCACUAUGUAUCCGCUUUACUGGAGGUAGUAUGUAUUUGGAUGCGAUCGACAUAUUUAGAGAAAAGUCGUAAAAAGCUAAAUAAGAAUGCAGUCUUUAGGCACAAAUGACAGAAUCGGCAAAAAAGUAACCUGUUUCCAUAGCGAAUGGUAUCCACUGUGCCUUUACGAUGGGGCUUUGGUCCGUCGCUGUCACAUGACGAUAUUUCACUACUCCAUAGUUUGCUGUAACGUUCUCAGUACGUACAUUAGAUCUAUCACAAUUAAUUGUGAUGCAUGACAUUUAUUUAUUCCUGUAUACCAUGUCUGUGAAUGAACAGUGUUGUAUAAAAUGCAAGUUGCUUUUUCAGUUGCAUAUUAAUUCCAGUAAAAAUGGUGUUAAACGCUAA